AACGGUGCUUUACACAGUAUGGCCGGCGACAUUAGCUAGCACUCGCUCACGGUUAUUCUCUGUAAAAGGGGAAAAGUCGGUGAAAAGACGAUUUAAAAAAAAGAAACCAUCUACACAGAAGAAACAGCAGCAGGACCCAAGACUGAGCUUUUACCAUCUGUAGCUUGAUUGUGGUUUGGAGCUGAAUUUAGAUUUCUGUCUGUUUGUUGUGUCACGAUGGAAGAAAACGGUGCGCAUUUCUUCGAGGGGACCGAGAAGCUGCUGGAGGUCUGGUUCUCCCGAGAGGACGACAGUAAAGGUACCCGGGACCUCCGAAGCAUCCCGAGGUUUGAGUGGGACAAACUUCUGGAGAAUGUGCAUUGUUUAAUCAUCAGUGUGACAAAGACUGACAAGCAGGAAGCUUAUAUACUCAGCGAGAGUAGCAUGUUUGUCUCCAAGAGACGUUUCAUUUUGAAGACAUGUGGAACCACCCUCUUACUGCAAGCGCUGGUGCCCCUGCUGCAGCUGGCGCGCGAGUACUGCGGCUUUGAUGCCAUCGAGAACUUCUUUUACUCCCGUAAGAACUUUAUGAAGCCCGCCCAUCAGGAGUUCCCCCACCGCAACUUUGAGGAGGAAGUGGGAUUUCUCAGCCAGAUCUUCCCAAAUGGAGCAGCGUACUGUAUGGGACGUCUGAACUCCGACUGCUGGUACUUGUUUACUCUGGAGCUGCCGGAGUACUGGGAGAACAAGCAGGCGGACCAGACGCUGGAGGUUCUGAUGAGCGAUCUCGAACCAGCCGUGAUGGACCAGUUCUACAUGAAAGAUGGUGUUUCCGCUAAUGAUGUCACUCGUAUGAGUGGAAUUCGUGACCUGAUUCCAGGUUCUGUGAUCGACGCCACAAUGUUCAACCCUUGUGGAUACUCCAUGAAUGGAAUGAAAACGGAUGGAACUUACUGGACGAUCCACAUCACCCCUGAGCCAGAGUUCUCGUACGUUAGUUUUGAAACCAACCUCUCCCAGACGUCCUACGACGAUCUCAUCCGGAGAGUCGUGGACGUCUUCAAGCCAGGAAAAUUUGUGACUACGCUUUUUGUUAAUCAGAGCUCCAAGUGUCGCAGCGUGUUCUCGUCUGCGCAGAAACUCGACGGCUACAGGCGCAUGGAUCGCCAGCUGGCCCACUUCAACGACUACAACUUUGUCUUUACCAGUUACGCUAAGAAGCCGCAGCAGAGCCAGCAGAGCUAAAAUGAGGAAGCGCAGAAAGAAAGCGGGCGGAGACACAAAGCUCUGCUGCCGCCACUCGGAGUUUCAUUACUGUCGCUGUAUCGCAAGUUUUUCCCAUAAACGUCCUCGUACCCGAUCCGUAGAUAUGUUGCAUGAAAGCUCUUGUCGUGUCCGCGUAGAUAUUCUAGCUCACUCUUGCUGUGAUCUUGAAGUGCAUGUAGAGUUGAGGAGCCUCCCCUUCCUGCAGGUGUCCCCCCUCAUCCUCCACAGACAGGGUUUCCGAGCCCAUUGAGCAGGGACCCUGGCAUGCUCAGAUCCAGAUCCUGCCUGAUUUUGAAACGUAGCACUAAGAAAAACUUUAAAUUAAAUUUAUAAAUAUAAAAUCUAAUAAAGAAAUAUAUAUAUAAAAACCCUCAUGAUGCCUUUCCACUAACGAAGUGCACAAUCAAAUGGGCCUUUCCUGUUAACGUCUACAAUAAAAUUUGCACUUUAUGAUGAGCACCGAGAGCACCAAAGCGUUUUGUUUAAGCACUAAUGUAGGAGAAGAAAGUAAACACACACUUUGGCACCUUUUUGUCACUCAUGGCUUUUUAUUGUUUUUAAUAUUCCACUCCUGUGAACAGGGGGAAAAGUCAGUGAAUGUAGGAGGGCUGUGAAUGUAGCUGCGUGCAGGAGGAGCUGUUCCACACGUGUGUGUUUGAAUACCAUAAAUAGCUGCUCUUUGAAUUUUUUAUUUUUUUUCCCCCUCCCCUCAUUGUUCAGGACCCCUCCACCCCUCGGUCGGCCAGCACGCUCCCUGUUCUCCAGCAAAGCGCUUUCUUUUUGCUCCCUGUUCCCUAAACAAUACACCACCUGCAUGGAUCUGAGCAUGUCAGGGUUCUCCGAAAUCAUUCCACAUCAACUUUUUUUUUUUUUUUUUUUUUUUUUAAAUUAUUUUUUUUAGACAGUAAAUGGGUCCUAACGGUUUCCCCUUCAUGCUGAAUAGCGCCGUAUACGAGCACUGAUCCUUAUGUCCACUACCUCUUUUUUUUUUUUUUUUUCUUUUCUUCUUUUCCCUUUGAGACUCUCUCCCUCUCUCAAAUAAAAGAUUUUUCCUUUUUUGUGAUCGAUGGAGGUGAAAUUUUAUAAGUAUAUUUAGAAACAAAACCACUUUAAACCAGGAACAGACCAGAUUAAAACAGCUCACGCCUACAAACCAUGCUGACGCUUGCUAGUGUAAUCCCUUUAGAGCGACCGACUGAACGACGGAGGAUUUUUAUUUCCCUGUUUGUCACGUGAGCAAACUUCACGAAGCCUCUCCAGCCAGAGAGAGCGUGAACGUCUUUGUACCGAACAGGGAAUCGAGACGUCCUCCGAAAACGAGCUUCGGGUUUUAACACCUCGCUGUUUAGUCAUGUUUAAAUAAAAUCUGAUCUAGGGCAGGGUUGAGCUACGAACGAAGAUCACUGAUGUCUCCGGUCUUCCUGCAGCAUCUCCGUCGAACUCAUCAGGGAAAUGUUUUAAAUUAAUAUCUUCCACAUGGACGACGUCUUUUUAGAGGAGAGAGUGAGUCAAAUUCUGGAUGAAUAUUUUUCUAAACUUCCUCCAAGUAGUUUGGGACAUUCCCAUUUUCACAAAAAAAAAAAUUGCAUAUUUUUGUACUCUUUUCUUUUUAAUAUACAUCAUGUGGACCAACUUUUUUUUUUUUUUUUGCCCACUUCCACCCCCACAUUGGUGAUGCAACCCAAAUGACUAUAGCAGUAAAUAUGUAGACCAGUUUGCUCCCAUCAGCCUUCGUCCACCCUGUGAGGACGAAGGCUGACGUGUGACUGCGCUCUGGAUGUUGAGGGGGAAAAGGGAAACACUGCUAUUCUGAUUCUCUUGCUAUUUCCUUGGUUGAUCAAGAUGUGCUAAAUAUCUGUACUGAGCUUGAUGCGUUAAAUACCGAUUAAAUAAAUAAACUUCAGCCA